AUGGCUCGAAAGAGUGCUAAGAAAAAAAUGGUGGUUAAAUCCACAAAGAAAGUCGUAGAAGAAAGUGUUCAAGUUUCAGUUAUCAGCAGCACCAAAAGACUAACACGUAGAAACAAAGAUAUUCAAACAGAAGACGAAGAGAAAGAGCAAGUUAUAAGAGUCAUUCCCGUUCAUGAAGCUCAUGAAGCUCAUGAAACAAAAGGAGACGAUUCAACUUCUAGCACAACAACAACCACAACCGAAAACAAAAACAGCGACCAGCAAAAAGAACAAAACAGAAACAUUAACCUCAUCAAAGAGGAGGUGAAGAAGAACAAGACACAAAAAAUGAGCAAUAACAAUGGAAAGAAGAAAAGGAAGAAGAGUGUGGAAGGGUACCAAAGGUAUGUGUACAAGGUGUUAAAACAAGUGCAUCCUGAAAUGGGAAUUUCAUCAAAAUCCAUGGUGAUUUUGAACAAUUUUAUGAAUGAUAUGUUUGAGAGAGUAGCAUGUGAGGCUAGUAAGUUGAAGGAUUAUACAGGAAACAUGACAUUGUCAUCAAGGGAGAUUCAAGGAGCGGUUAAGCUUGUUUUGCCUGGUGAGCUUGGGAAACAUGCUAUUGCUGAAGGGAUUAAAGCUGUCAACAACUAUACCUCUUAUGGAUCUGCAUGA